CAUUAGAUGGCAGUACAGAGCGAUGACGUGGGGAAGAGCAUUGCUAUCAUGUGAUCCUAACUCGCUUCCUUAAAACACCUCAAAACAUCGUAGGACCUGUUUAUAUUAUUCAGGUGACUUUAAGAAGAAUAUGGAGGGGCUUGUCAAAACGUCUAUGAACCCAACAUCAGAAGUGGUCGCUGAUUUCAGAGGGAAUGAUGGAUCCAUGGUUUCUGCACUUAAAACGUUGCUGUUUUUUACAGUUUUAAUGGUUACUGUGCCAAUAGGGUUAUACUUUGCCUCAAAGGCAUAUAUCUUUGAAGGUUCACUGCAGAUGUCCAACACAGAUAGCUAUUUCUAUGCUGCUAUUGUAGCAGUUUUGGCAGUGCAUGUGGUCCUAGCCCUCUUUGUUUACGUAGCUUGGACUGAAGGUUCAUCACAGAGAAGGAAGGGCAAGCAUGAUUAGACCAGGGCAGUAAAUAUACAUCUUCAUCUGCAUUGCCAAACUGACCUUUAUUGUCAGUGAGGGUAGUGAAAGGUUAAAGUUGACAGUAGUAUUAAGCUUUUAGGAAGUAUUUACUUGCAGUGGUUAAUAUGUGUUUGGGUACAAAAUACAAAGGCUAAAAAAAUUGACAAAAGACAACAAAAAAUUUAAGUAACUAAGUCUUUUUUUUCAUGCAGUUGUUUUUUUUCUAUGAUUUGUCAUUUUGGGAUGCAACAGUUUCAGAAUUCUGAAUCAGUGCCAAAAUAUUACUUACAGUAUUAGGUGAUGACACCCAGUGAUGACACCCAUGUCAUCACCGGUGCUGACAUUUUUGGUUUAUUACAUCUGAAUCAUAAAUAUGGAUAAUUGAUCACUUUAAAUUGGUUCACAUAAAUACAUACAUUUAACAAGUGGAUGACAAGUGUGUCUGAUGCAAAUAAAGGGUGUUUAACGUGUGUGUUUGGAUAUUUGUUUUAUUGAUGUGCAGACACUCCACAUUUCGUUGAAUGUGUUGUUUGUGAACUAUUGUGAUCAGGACCCAAUUAAAAUAUGUGGCAGUU